GUGUUUUCCGACCCUCCCGGGCUCCCUCGGGGGCAUUUCUGCCCACCUGGGGUAUAACCAUGGUAGACUGUCUUUCAGAAAGAAGUGAAGGAUCAGGACCCCUGGCCUUUGUUCCUAUGCCCACCACUGACUUUCUGAAUCACCUUUGCCUGCUCAUUUGGCAUCUGUUUGUCUCCGUUAUUUUUCCCCCCAUUUGGCUUUUUCUGCUCACUCUAUGAGGUCUGACUGUACAGAGGAAUUGAGUUUCUGGGUCUAACUACUCAGCAGGCUAAUGUGAACUGGAAAAAAAAUUAUAUAGAGACUUCACAAUUCUCCUAAGCACCUGAAAGUGUUCUGUUGAGUUCCUCUCAAAAAGUUGUGAUGUAGAACGUAGGAGAUGUUUUGCCUGAGGGGGAAAAAAGAGAGCCAUUUUCAAAUAUUUAAAAAUGUAAAGGACUGUCCUAUAAAGGAACUAGUCUUGGGGUACCCAAGUCUUUGGAACAAGAGAUGGAAGUUAUAGGAAAAUGGAUUUUUGACUCAUUUAUGCAAAAUUUUCAGAGGCGGAACCAGCACCCCCCCUGCAAUGAGCCAAGGGGAUAUUCAAGUCGGAGAUGGAGAGGUUAGGUCACAUGACUUCAGGGUGACUUCCGACCUUUAAAUGAAAAGCUUCUGAGAUCAGGAGGCAUUAACAGGGAAAUGAAGUCAUAAUCUGGUUCCAACUUAGCUUCAAUUCACAGCUGAACUGGCUAUUUGGGUGCCAGAGGAGGUUCUCCUAGCCGGAAAUCACAUUCUUCCAGGCCAGGCUUUUCAUUUAUAUGGGAGCCUGUGAAUCUUCUACUUUCCAGAGAUCCCAGUCAGGACAGUUCAAUGAGGACAUGAUCCCCACUGUGGGUUUCAACAUGCGCAAAAUCACCAAAGGGAACGUGACCAUCAAGCUCUGGGACAUUGGGGGACAGCCCCGAUUCCGCAGCAUGUGGGAGCGCUACUGCCGAGGAGUGAGUGCCAUUGUGUACAUGGUGGAUGCCGCGGACCAGGAGAAGAUCGAGGCCUCCAAGAAUGAGUUGCACAACCUACUGGACAAGCCCCAGCUGCAGGGCAUUCCGGUCUUAGUCCUGGGUAACAAGCGAGACCUUCCAGGAGCACUGGAUGAGAAGGAGCUGAUUGAGAAAAUGUUCUACUCUGGUUUCCCCCCAGGAAUCUUUCUGCCAUCCAGGACCGAGAGAUCUGCUGCUACUCCAUUUCCUGCAAAGAAAAGGACAACAUUGAUAUCACCCUACAGUGGCUUAUUCAACACUCAAAGUCACGGAGAAGCUGAGACUGCGGUCCUUCCCCCUCGGACCAGGGACCUGCUGUCAUCCAAACCUGAAGCCGAGCUCCCCGCCCACCCUGCCGUCCCCCCUAAGCCCGCCCUUUCUCACUUGGUGUGGGGAGGGGCCCUCUGGGGAUCCCAGAGUCCUGUUCUGCUGAGGUUUGAACUCCUGAUUUUAUUGUAAAAUAAACUACUCCCAUUCUGGCCCCCUAACCUCUCGCCCUCCCCCUUCCCUCUGCCCUUUGCCCACCCUGCUUCCGGACCCUUAACAGCCCUGGCCCCACAGCCCCUGCCCUCCUCUCUCCUGGGCCCCACUCCUACACUGCCCUUUUCAACACUCUUCUGUUAUUGUCCUCUGUGUACAGUAUAUAUAUGUAUAUAUAUUUUAAUUUUUUAAUUUAAGCAAAGACUAAAAUCAACCAUUUGAUGCUGCAGGGGCCUGUCAGGAUCUGGGAGGGAGGCGGUCUGGAAGGAAGGCAAGGGAUGCAGAGUUGGCUUGGGGCAGGUUCAGAUUAGGAAAGUGAAGGCUGGCCCUUGCAUCCCCACGUCCUGUUCGUUUCCACUUCCCAAUCUGGCUCGUCCCUGUAGGGCUUGAAUGUCACAGGCUGACUGGAGCCUCCAGAGGGGUCCCUAUCUGCCCCCAGCCUCAGCAGGGCCACCAGGCACGACGGAGUGCCAGAGACCACCAGGCUGAAGGGGCAGGAGGCCAGCCUCCUUGGCGCCCCAGCAGCCCCUCCUGCCCGUUCCUGGCUCCCAGCUCCUGCCCCUUCUGAGGGCCCCCAACUCCAUGGGCCACCUCAUUUUCUGUUCUCAUUUUGCAGAGUUGCACAAGGAGAGAACUCAGCAUGGGGGGGUUGGUUCUUUGGGUUUUGUUUUCUGUUGGUUUGUUUAAUGAUUUGUAAAGUGAUGUUCCUCUUCCUUUUUUUACACUUUUCAGCUCAUAUUUAACCUCUGUUUGGAAAAUGAUUCUUGUAACUGUACAUUUUUUGGCCUCCUAACAACACGAAUAAAUGACCACUUUUGUGUUGGA